AGUGGUGUCAGUAGUGUGUCCUAAAGCUUGGAGGUUGAGGACCUAGGCCCUCUAGUAGUAUGUGUGAAGGCUGGGUUGAGCUGUACAUUCUGAAUUUAUUGGUGAUUAUACCUUAUCUUGAAAGGUGCUAGAGGGCUUGUAAGAAGAGUAGCAGAGGCAAGUGCCAAUCAAUCCCUUCCUGAUCCAGACAACUUCUGGGAUGCUCACUACUGUACUGAGUUCCUCCAUUGUAUGUUGCUCCAAUCUGACUGUUUGGUUGGCACAGAUACUUAGUUGUUGGCAAAUAAAAAUCUAGUUUGAAUCUGAAAACAAAGAAUUGUGGUAAUUUUUUGCUUUGAGACAGGAUUUUACUGUGUAGCUCUGGCUGGCCUGGGGUUUGCGAUCUUUCCGCCUUAGCCUCCUUAGUCCUGGGAUUACAGGGAUGUGAUUGCCUAGCCCCCAAAUAAUUUUUAUCAAUUUUAUUAGAUGUAUUUUUAUAUUAUAUAUAAACCCCCCCCCCAAAAAAAAAAGUCUCUUUGGACAGGCUUCCAUAUAACCAUGCUGGUCCUGAACUCAGAUGUUGUUCUUGCCUCAGCUUCCUGAGUGCUGGAAUAACAAGCCCGUGUCACCACAUCUAGUUAUAAAUAUUGUAUCUUAGGUAACUAGAUGUAUUAUACAUACACUAUUCCAGACGUGCUUUAUUGCACUUGAAGCUUUUCUUUCUUUGAGACAGGUUCUUAUUCUGUGGCCCAUGCAGGCUUUAAACUGUCUAUGAUCUUUUCUGUCUUAGCUUUUGAGUGCUGGGAUUACAGGCAAGGCCAUGCUUGGUGGGAGUUUCUAAUAAGGUUAAUUUUCAGCUUUUUACAUGUAAAUAAGACCAUACUUUACUGUGUGCUGUUUUAAAGUCAUGAUGAAACUAUGGGAUGGUAAGGCAACUUUUUUGGGGGCUGCUGUUAAGUAGCUUGAGUGUUAAUGCUUAUCUUCACUGUUAUAACUGUUAUAACUUUCAAAAGGUGAAAGAUGUUCUUAGUUAUUUGGCCUGCCAAGUAAGUACAUAUGUAAUUUCUUAGUAGCUUAGUUCUCCCUAAACUCCUACAUUAAGAUGCACAUCACCAGAAAGAAUUUUGCUGUAGUGGCUGGCAGAUAGAGAAGUAAGUGAAGGUUUUGUUAAAUUUUGCCUGGAUUUAAUGCAGAAUAACUUUGCUAAACACAGUUUAGUCAGUGGUUCUCAAAAGUGUAUAGAUUUCUGGGGUUGGAGAGAGGGCUUAGCUCUUCCAGAAGAUAUGGGUUCUGUUCCCAACACAUACAAGGCAGCUCAUAACUGUCUGACUCCUGCUCCAGGUGAUCCAACCUACUGACCCCCAAAGGUGCUGCACACAUGUAGUUUGCAUAAAUGCAUGCAGGCAAAACACCCAUACAUAUAAAAUAUUUUUGAAAAUACAUAGGUUUCCUGCCCCAUCAAUUUGAUUUUCACUCUGGUUCUGGAGCAAUUAGGAGAUAGUUUAGCUCAAACAGAAUUACUUUAGAAUGGACUAUAAUUGCAAAUUAAGCAAUGCAUUUGGAGAAUGUACAACUUGAGUAGCAGAUCCAGAUUCUUGCUCUAAAACUAGUACGUUCACUUGGAAGUGGUUUCUUAAAUUUAGCUUCCUGUCAGGUGUAAGUUGUCCAUAAUUUUUGUUUUCUUCCCUUUGAACCAGUUUAUAUAGUUGCCUAACUCUGUAGUUUCACUUCUCAUAUGUAUCACUUAACAGAGCUGCUAAGCUUUACUUUCUGGACUUCAUAAUAACUACUCGCACUUGGCAUUUUUUUCCCCCUUGAGACAGGGUCUGUAGUCAAAGGCAGGCCUCAGGUAACUGAGGAUGACCCUGAACUUCUGAUCCUCCUGCCUCCAUCUCCUGAGUGCUACAACUGUAGAUGCAUGCUACCACCUCUUGCUUUUACAAGAUGUUGGGGACCCAGUCCAGUGCUUCACCUAUGCUCCGGAAGUAUUAUUCCCAACUGAGCUACUUUGCCAGCCCUACAGCUGCCAUUUCUGUGUUGUAUAUACAUUGUUUCAUUUCACUCUGAUUUUCAGGUUAAAUUUGUAGACAUAGUGCCAGAUUAAGUAAAUUGCUUAAAAUUAUAAAUGAUAGUUAUUAGUAGGGAUAUGUAAGAUGCCUGUUGUUGGAGACAGCGAGGCCCUGUGCCCUGGCUGGCUUUGGACCUUGAGACUUCCUGUCUUAGCCUUCUGAGUCCUGGAAUUGCAGGUGUUAACACCAUAUCCUAGCACCUUUUAUUUUUAUUUAUCUAUUUGUUUGUUUGUUUAUUUUUGUUUUUCGAGACAGGGUUGCUCUGUGUAGUUUUGGUGCCUGUCCUGGAUCUUGCGCUGUAGACCAGGCUGGCCUCGAACUCACAGAAAUCCACCUGGCUCUGCCUCCCGAGUACUGAGAUUAAAGGCGUGCGCCACCACUGCCCGGCUCACCUUUUAAUUUUUACUCUUUUCUUUUAUGCUUUAUUGAGUCAGGAUCUCAAAUCUAGGCUUCCUUCAAACUUGACAGCUAAGCCUGGCUUGAAGUCCUGACCCCCUGUUUCUAUUCCUAAGGGCUGGGGUGCCAGGGAUGUGCUGUGGUUCCCAGGUAAUUUUCUUUUGCUAGUAUUGGGGAUUGAAUCUGGGGCUUCAUGCACAUUAGAGGAGGGGAGCACUCUGGUGACUAAUUUGAAGCACUGUUGAUAUGUUGCCUAGGUUGGCCUGGAACUUCUGGUCCUCUUGCCCUAGCCUAGCCAGUUACUGCCCCUCACCCCAAGAGUCACAAUGCCAGCCUACUGUCCCUAUUCUAAUUUUAUUUUAUCUUGUGUUUUGGAGACUGAAUCCAAAGGACGACUUGCAGGAUUUGGUUUUUUUCUCUUUUACCAUGGUGAUUAAAUUCAGGUUGUUGGCUUGGUGGCAAGCACCUUUACCCACUGAACUGUGAACCAUCUUGCACGGUCUUUUGUUUGUUUGUUUGUUUGUUUUUGAGACAAGGUCUUGUUAUUUAGCAUUGGUUGGCUUGGAAACUCACUGUGUAGACCUGGCUGGCCUGGAACUUAGGGAGAUCUGCCUGCCUGUGCCUCCCAAGUGUUGGGAUUAAUGCUUGUGUUACCAUAGCAGGCUGUGACCCUCCUUUUUUUUUCUCUUUGAAAUGGUCUUAUGUAUCCUAGCCUGCCCUAGAGUUCACUAUGUGGGAGCAGAGUCUUGAACUCCUUACCUUCCAUUUUCUUUUUUUUUUUUUCUUUCUUUUUUAAAGAUUUAUUUAUUUCUUAUGUAUGUGUUCUGUCUGCAUAUACACCUGCAGGCCAGAAGAGGGCACCAGAUCUCAUUAUGGAUGGUUGUGAGCCACCAUGUGGUUGCUGGGAAUUGAACUCAGGACCUGGAAGAACAGCCAGUGCUCUUAACCUCUGAGCCAUCUCUCCAGCCCCUCCUUCCAUUUUCUAACUCUCAAGAAUUGGAAUUAUAGGAGCACCACCACACUCAAUUUUAUGUCAUGCUGGGGACUAAAUCCCAAGAGUUUUCUGCAUUCUAGGGGUAACAUUUGGCCAACUGGCCUGCAUCCUGAGCCCUGUUUUUAACUUACCUUUCUUUACUUGUUUUAGUAUGUGUGGACACUCACAUGAGUGUAAACAUGUGCAUGCCAUGGUUUAUGUGUGGAAAUCACAGAACUGCUUCUGGGAACCUGCUCUCUCCUAUUGCCAGUCCUGGGGAUCAAACUCUCGGGUCGUCAGGUUUGGUACAUAAGCACAUUUACUGGUUGGAACUGUCUCACUGGCCCUCAAUUUUUUUUUUUUUUUUAAAGAUUUAUUUAUUAUGUAUACAGCAUGUUUACCUGCAGGCCAGAAGAGGGUGCCAGAUCUCAUUACAGAUGGUUGUGAGCCACCAUGUGGUGCUGGGAAUUGAACUCAAGACCUCUGGAAGAGCAGUCAGUGCUCCCAACCGCUGAGCCAUCUCUCCAGCCCCACUGGCCCUCAAUUUAACAAACAUUUGUUUGUUUCCUCAAAUGCUUUGGUAGAGUCAGAUGUAUGUAGUUCCUGGUUAUAUAAGGAGAACAUGUUCUAAAGAAAAUAUGGUUUUGGUGAAACUAAGAUGAUUUCUUUGGCCAGGCAGUGGUGGUAGUGGUGACAGUGCAUGGCUUUAAUUCCAGCACUUGGGAGGCAGAGGCAAGUGGCAAUUCAUUUCCGUGAAUUUGAUGCUAGCCUGGUCUACAGAGCGAGUCUAAGACAGCCAGGGUUACAUAGAGAAACCCUGUCUUGACCCCCCCUACCCCCCCCCCCCCAAAUAAAACAAAGAUGACUUUUCUUUGUGUGUAUGACAUUAAGGAUUGUAUUUAGGGUCUUGGACAUGUUGAGUACAUACUGUAUCAUGGUUACAUUUCUAAUCUUUAUUUUUAAAUUUUAUAUGUAUGAGGAGGGAGGAGAGGGGAAUCUGUGGUUGGUAUAUAGAGUGAGUAGAAAAUUUCUUAAUAAAGAAAAAUAAAAAGAAAAAAAUUUAUAUGUUUGAAUGUUUUGCCUGCAUGUGUGUCUGUGCACCAUUUGUGUGGCUGGUACCCAGGGAGACCAGAAGAGGAUGUUGAAUCCCCUGGGAGCAGAGUUAUAAGUAGUUAUAAGCCACUAUGUGAAUGCUGGGAAUCAAAUCCUGGACCUCUGGAAGAAGCAACCUGUGCUCUUAAACCCUGAGCCAUUUCUCUAGCCCCAGGAUUGGAUGGUUUUAAAAAACUAUUUUCAUUUUAUGUGCACUGGUGUUUUACCUGCAUGUCUGUCUGCCUGAGGGUGUCAGAUCUUAGAGUUACAGGCAGUUUUGAGCUGCCAUGUGGGUGCUGGGAAUUGAACCCGGGUCCUCUGGGAGAACAGCCAGUGCUCUUUUUUUUUAAUUUUUUUUUUUUGGUUUUUCGAGACAGGGUUUCUCUGUGUAGUUUUGCGCCUUUCCUGGAACUCCCUCUGUAGUCCAGGCUGGCCUCGAACUCACAGAGAUCCGUGUGCCUCUGCCUCCUGAGUGCUGGGAUUAAAGGCGUGCGCCACCACCGCCUGGCCUACAGCCUGUGCUCUUAACUUCUGAGCCACCCACCUCUCCAGUCCCAAGAUUAGAUUUUUUUAAAAACCUAUUUUUAAUGUAUCUUUGGGAGGGAAUUAUCUGUCUAAAUGGUGUAUUAAUUGAAAACAUUAUUUUUCCUAUAAUACUAUAGUAUAUGAUGAUGUGAGUUUACACACCCAUAAGAGCAUAUGCUUGCGUGUAUAUACACACAUGUGCUUGCAGGUGCAUCUGGAGGUCAGAUGUCUAUUUCGGGUGUCAUUCCUCAUGAAUUGUGUCCCUUGUUUUGAAGUUUUAGCUUUGUUUUUAAUUACGUCUAGGUGUGUGUAUCUGCAUAUGAGUACAGGUGAUGAGUAGGCCAGAGGUGUUAGACCCCCUAGAGCUAGAGUUACAGAUAGUUGCCAAGCCACCUGACUUGGGUGCUGGAAACUGAGCUUGGGUCCUCUGGAAGAGCAGCAACUGUCAUCUUUCUAGCCCCUCUGCCUUGUUUUUUGAGACAGGUUCUCUCAGUGGGAGCUGGGGCUUGCAGUUUAGACCAGGGUGGCUGGCCAGUGAGCUCCAGGGAUCUGCCUCCCUCAACUUCCUCAAUGCUGGGAUUACAAAGGGUUCUGGUGGUCAGAUUGCCUUCUGUUGCCAGUAAGGCAGCACUUCACCUACUAAGCGAUGUCCCCAGACCAUGUUACUGCAAUUAGAUUUAUUUUGAAAUUUUCUUUUUUUUCCGUUUUUUGAUUUUGAGACGGGGGCUCUCUAUAUUAUAGCUCUGGCUGUCCUGGAACUCCUUAUGUAGACCAGGCUGACCUCAAACUCAGAUCUGCAAGUGCUGGAAUUAAAGGCUUGUGCCACUAUACCCAUCUUUUUCAAUCAUUGUAGAGAACUCAUGUAAAGUUUUUACCUUGGGUCUUUAAUUUGUGUGUGUCUCUCCCCCCAAGAUCUAAUAGCUUAGGCUGGCUUGGAACACAGUAUGUAACUGGGGAUGGCUUUGCACUGAUUCUCCUGCCUCUUCUUCCCAAGUGCUGAGAUUAUAUAGGCAUGCAUCAUUAUACCCAGAUAGUCACUAAUUUUUUAAACUUUGCCCCAUUGCUUUAUCAUUAUUUUUUUUGUUUUAUUCUUUUCUUUAAAAAGAUUUUAUUUUUUUAGUUUGUGUGUAUGAGUGUUUGCAUAUAUAUAUGUUUACCAUGUGUGCACUUGGUGCCAAGGAGGCCAGAAGAGGCCAUUGGAUCUCCUUGAUCUGGAGCUAGACAGUUACAAGGUGCGGUGUGAGUACUUGAGCCUGGGUUCUCUAUAAGUGCUACAAGAUAUUCUUAACCACUGAGCCAUCGCGCCAUCCUGUUUUAUUUACCAUUUAAAACAAGAUUGAUUAUUAAGAAUUAUGUGUAAAUCUAUAGUGUGUAUAUAUGCAUGUGUGUGCAGGUGCCUGAGGAGUCCAGAAGUGUAAGAAUUCUCCCUGGAGCUGGAGUUACAGGUAAUUGUGAGCUACUUGAUAUGAGUAAUGGGAACCACACUUAGAUCCUCUAGAAAAGCAGCACCCAUGCUUAACCAUUCAGCUAUCUCUCCAGCCCCUGUUUAUCAUUCUUUGUUGUUAUUUGUUUGUUUUUCAAGAUACAGGGUUUCUUUGUGUAGCCUUGGCUGUCCUAGAACUAGCUCUGUAGACCAGGCUGACCUUGAACUCAGAUCCCCCUGCCUCUGCCUACUGAGUACGGGGAUCAAAGAUGUGUGCCACUACUGCCCAGCAUCAUUCUUGAUAUAAAUAUUUUUGCCUUAACUUUUCACCAUUAGGUUGAAAACAUCAUUCUCAGAUGUAUUUGUCUGUACAUAUACAUAUAUAUCUAUUUACUUUUGAGUUUUUUUUUUUAAAAAGAUUUAUUUAUUAUUAUACAUACAGUGUUUUUGUCUGCAUGUGUCCUUGCAGGCCAGAAGAGGGCACCAGAUCUUAUUAUAGGUGGUUGUGAGCCACCAUGUGAUUGCUGGGAAUUGAACUCAGGACCUCUGGAAGAGCAGUCUGUGCUCUUAACCACUGAACCAUCUCUCCAGCCCUACUUUUGAGUUUUUAAAAACAUUAUUAUUAUUGUUUUGUAUAAUGUGUGUGUGUGAGUUCAGGCUCACAUGUUCUAGAGUGCCUCUGUGGAGGUCAAAGGACAACUCUGAGGAGUUCAUUCUCUCUUUCUACCUUGGCUUCUGGAGGUCAAAUUCACAUUGUCAGAUUUGGAUGGCAACUUGUACCUGGUGAGCCAUCUCACCUGUCUUAUUUUAAGAUGGGCUCUUGCUAUGUAGUACAUAGUAUAUGUAGUAUGAAUUCAGGCUGACCUCGAAUCCACUGUCUUUUUGCCCCAGCUUCUCAAAUGCUGGGAUUGGGCUUGUGUUUACAUGAUUGUAUUUAGUUGCAAUCUGAUUCAGAAAUUGUAGGGACUGUUUCUCAACUUGGAUUUGUCUGAUUUACUUCUGGGCCAUAUAAAGAAAUAUAAAUAAAUAUAAAUGUUUUCGGGGUUCUACACUUGAAGCCCCCAGGUGCCAUCAUGUUUCCCCACUGAGAAACUAUUAUUUUCCAUGCACUAAUAAUUUCAAAUAGGAUGCUUUUCACUGUAUUUCCUAUAUUUGGGUAGAUAUUAUAUAUGUUUUAUUUGCUUGUUUGCUUUUUGAGAUGGGGACUCAUAUAGCCAAGGGUAUUCUUGAAUUCUGUCUAGCAGGGAUGACCUUGAACUUCUGAUCCUUCUGCCUCCAUUUCCUAAGUGCUGUUACAGGCAUAUGCCACCAUACCUGGUUUUUGCAGUGCCUAGGGCUUUGUACAUGCUAGGUAAGUACUCUAUCAAUUGAACUAUAUUCACAGCUUUUGUUCUGCUCUUUGACACCACAUCUCAUACUUAAGGGAAGGCUGGCCUAGAAUUCACUAUUUAGAUCAGGAUGGCCUCAAACCUGUGGCAGCUUUACUUCAGACUCCUGAAUACUAAUGAGCCACCAAGCCAGCUUCACAUUAAUUCUUUUUUUUAUUAUUAAGAUUGAUUUAUUAUGUAUGCAGUAUUCUGUCUGCAUAUAUGCCUGCACACAAGAAGAGGGCACCAGAUCUUAUUAUAGAUGGUUGUGAGCCACCAUGUGGUUGCUGGCAAUUGAACUCAGGAUCUCUGGAAGAACAGCCAGUGCUCUUAACCUCUGAGCUAUCUCUCCAGCCCCCAUUAAUUCUUUUUUGUUUUUUUCAAGACAGGGUUUCUUGGUGUAGCUUUGGAGCCUAUCCUGGAACUCACUCUGUAGACCAUCCUGGCCUCGAACUCACAGAGAUCCUCUGCCUCCCCAGUGCUGGCAUUAAAGGCGUGCCUGGUGCAUCAAUUCUUUUUUAAUAUAAAAAGUACAUGCACUGUUUAUCAUCUUAACUGUUGAAUGUACAGUUCAGUGAUGUUAAGUGUGUUUACAUUGUUGAGGCAGAUCUCCCAUCUUGCAAAUUAAAACUUGGUAGAUAACAGAUACCCUUUUCUGCUUCCCUAGUCCCUGGCAACCACCAUUUCUACUCUCUGGUUCUGCUUGUUUUUGUUUCUAGGAAUUUAAGUAGAGUAGUCACUUCUUCCACAAGGCCACAUGUAUAUGGACCUAUGGGGGUCAUUUUCAUUCAAACCACCACAUUACACUCCCUGGCCCCUACAUAGGCUUGUAACCAGUCAUAUCAUAAUGCAAAAAUGCAUUCAGUACAACUUCAAAAGUCUCCAUAGUCUAUUACAGUCUCAACACUGUUUAAAAGUCCAAAAUUUCACCUGAGAUUCAUGGCAACCUUUUACUGUAACCCUCGGUAAACUCAAACUCAAAAGGUGCACCACAUACUUUGAAAAUACAGUGGCACAGAAUAUGCAUUACCAUUCCAAAAGUGAGGAAAUUGAGCAUAGCAGACCAAAGCAAGACUGAAAACCAGCAUGGCAUCUCCAUGUCUGAUGUCAAAGCACUCAACUCAGUUCAGAGCCUCAACUCCUUUCAGCUUUGUUGACUGCAGCACACUUCUCUCUUGGGCUGGUUCCACACUGCAGACUGGUUCUCAUCUGCAGCAUUUUUUGGCAGAUAUCCCAAGACUGGCAUUUCCAACAUUUUGGGGUAUCCAACACAAUCCAGGCUUCUCAUUCACAGCUUCAUAUAAUGGCCUCUCUGAGCUUCCUGCAGGGACACCCCAGAUACACACACCUGGCCUCAGUGACUUUCCUUAGAGGGAGACUAUCCUUGACUCUGAAGCCAGAGCCGUGUGGCCAUGACUGAAGCUGCCAAGUUCUACGCUUGCUAGGUCUGGAACUUGGCCUCCAUUUUCAAUGACAUUUGCAUUCAGCUGUCUGUUGAUGGUUCCCUUCACUGCUCAAGCUUUCCUUCAAUUCUUUUUCACAGGUUGAAAGCUUAGCUUGGAGUGGGGGUCACAACCACUUCCUUUAUUCCAUUUAGCAUCAAGCUUGUCUUUAAACUUUUUAUCUCCUGAAGCAUAAGACUUAAGUCCAACAAAACAUUUCCGGGUGCUUCUUUUCUCUUCAAACUGUACCUUUUAUAUUUCUCCUUGCCCUCUUGUUCCUUUUCAUUGUAGGUCCGCAUAAGUGACUACUAAUAACCACAUGACACAGUCAAUGCUAGGCUGUUUUGAAAUCUUCUCUGCCAGUGCUAUUAACCCAAAACUCUUCAAUUAGCAUCAGGUUUGGGCCCCAUGGGAUCCCUGUGACAGUAUUUCCCAAAAGGGAAUAUAAGGAUAAACCGGACGCCAUGCAGCUCCAAAGUAACACAUUCCAAGAAGGGAUAGAAGUCAAACGGGAAGUGAAUGGUGCUGUUCCCGAGGACCUUUCUCCAGUCCCUCCUCCUGAGCGCCUGUGGACUUCCAAACCACCUCCUCUCUUCCAUGAAGGAGCACCUUAUCCUCCCCCCUUGUUUAUCAGGGACACAUAUAACCAAUCAAUACCUCAGCCACCUCCUCGCAAAAUUAAGCGACCCAAACGAAAAAUGUACAGGGAAGAACCCACUUCAAUAAUGAAUGCGAUUAAGCUACGGCCCAGGCAAGUCCUGUGUGAUAAGUGUAAAAACAGUGUUGUUGCAGAAAAGAAGGAAAUUAGGAAGGGUAGCAGUGACUCUUCUAGGUAUGAAGAUAAAAAACGGAGAAAUGACAGUGUAGCUACUGUGAACAAAAAACUGAAAACUGACCAUAAAGUGGAUGGGAAAAACCAAAACGAAAGCCAGAGAAGAAACGCUGUGGUGAGGGUUUCCAACAUUGCUCACAGCAGAGGCAGGGUAGUCAAAGUUUCUGCUCAGGCAAACACGUCAAAAGCUCAGUUAAGUACCAAGAAGGUACUCCAGAGCAAGAACAUGGAUCAUGCAAAAGCUCGGGAAGUAUUGAAAAUUGCCAAAGAAAAGGCACAGAAGAAGCAAAGUGAAACCUCUACUUCCAAAAACACACACUCGAAAGUCCAUUUCACACGUCGCUAUCAGAAUCCUAGCUCAGGUUCCCUCCCACCUCGGGUGCGUUUAAAACCACAAAGGUACAGGAAUGAAGAAAAUGACUCUUCGCUGAAGACAGGACUGGAGAAAAUUCGGAGUGGCAAGCUGGCCCCUAAGCCGCAGUCUCGCUGCACCUCCACCCGCUCAGCAGGUGAGGCCCCUUCAGAAAAUCAGAGUCCCUCAGAAGGCCCGGAAGAGGCCGCCAGUGAGGUUCAGGACACAAGCAAAGUGUAUGUGCCCGGUGAGCAGGAGGAUCUGCAGACGGUGGGCCAAAAGGGCAGCAAAAGCAAUCUCUCUGUUUACCUGACCCUAAAUCCAGAGAAAUCUGACUCUUGCAGUGCUUCAGUGUGUAGCAUUGAUAGCAUGGAUGAUGUGAAAUCCUCCAACUCGGGGUGUAGCUCUUCUGAGAGCUUUGUCUUUCCUCCAGGCAGUAUGCGUGCACCUUCCACUUCCUCCUCUUCAAAGGAGGAGAAAAGUCUCAGCAAUUCCUUGAAAAUGAAAAUCUUUUCCAAAAAUGUCUCUAAGUGUAUCACACCAGAUGGCAGGACCAUAUGUGUAGGGGACAUUGUUUGGGCCAAGAUAUAUGGCUUUCCAUGGUGGCCAGCCCAAAUUCUUACCAUAACUGUAAGCCGGAAAGAUAACGGCCUUUUAGCCCGACAGGAGGCCCGGAUUUCAUGGUUUGCAUCUCCAACAACAUCUUUCCUUGCUCUUUCACAACUCUCCCCCUUUCUAGAAAACUUCCAGUUACGCUUUAAUAAGAGAAGAAAGGGUCUGUAUCGCAGGGCUAUCACAGAGGCAGCUAAGGCUGCUAAGCAGCUGACCCCUGAAGUGCGGUCUUUGUUGACACAGUUUGAAACGUGAACAUGGACAGUAAGGUAGGCGAGAACCGCUGGAGCGGCGCAGUUCCCUGGCUAGUUAGAAAUCCUUUCCACCAGCUAGCUUGGCCAAACUGGAAAGAAGUUGCACUCAGUUGGCUUUUUAUACUUACAUAGCCAUUUUUAGACUAAGAAGCUGAAAACUGAACAUGCUGUCAAAUUUUCUCUUAAGGAACUGAGAUUUUUUAGCAGUGUUUUCCAGUUUUGAAAUCUAAAACCAUCCUAAGGCACAGAAGCCAUAGCCUCAAAUGAAACUGAAUUUUUGCAGGGACUGUUAAUUGCCAUUUUGUACCUAUUGUAUAUACACACACAUAUAAACUAUUGCCUGUCACUGUGUGACACAGGCUGCAUAUGGGGGGUUUAGUAAGGGCUGGUGAGCUGGGGACAGUGGAUAUUUAAUGACUGCUUGUUUAAUAAUUAGUGAACACAUAGACUUUCUAUGCACAUAAUGGUAUAAACAUUUGAUAUUGGGUGUUGGACAAACUGAGAUGCUUGCUCUGACAAAUUGAGAUGCUUGCUGUUUAGUUAUAGACCAGGUUGUACACAUUGUCCAGUAUUUAGGGUUAAAACUAUUAAGACUGAACAGGCUUGAGUCACCACACCACUCUUGUCUAAUGGGAACAUAACAAACUUCAGACUUUUGGUUGGGAAGUUUAGAUAGGUUUUGUUUGGGGUAUGUGAGUAGUUGAGUGAACAUUUGGUCAGAUUUCUCCUGACUGGCUGGUCCUAAAUUUUUAGGACAGAGCCUUAGUAAUUUACACUUUGUGAAUUAAUGUCAUGUGUAAUUGUUGCAUUUUGGAUGUACCUAAUUUGAUAAUUUUUAAGAAACAUUUCCAUUUAAGGUAAUCUGUUUGCAGGUCAGAAAAUGAGAAAAAUGUAAUUGUGUAAUGCAUUGAAAUGUAAAAAAAAAAAAAAAGCUGUAAAUAAAAUCAACUAAAUCCAAAUUAUUUGUGUGUGUUUCUCAAAAAGCUUUGAACAGUUUCAAAAUAGUAGAAAAUUAUUCAGGUGAGAAAUCAAAUUUAGCUUUCUAUUUGCCCUCUUAGGGAAUAAUAUCUGAGAAUAGGUAAAAUUCAAAUAGCAAGAGGCUCUGUAGUAAUGCCAUCUGAUAGAACUCUAGUUCCCACCAACCUCUCAGGAAUGCUUUUUAAUUUUUUUCAAUUUUAGCCUUAAUAAGCGAUCAUAUGCUAUAAAAAACGAGGUAAUCGUAGUUGGUGUGCUCUAUUUGGUCUUCUGCCUCAGCACUGCCUUUGGGGCUAGUGGUCCGACUAAGAUGUGCUUUGAGAGAGUCUCACUCUAUCACUCUGGCUGGCCAGGCUGAUUGAGCUCAGAGUUAUGCCUGCCUCUGUGUCUGCCUCCCCCGUGCUGGGAAAGUAGUCUGCCUGUGGAGGCAAGAGAAUCUCAGAAAUUAAGUUGCUUCCAAGCUUUUUUUAAUUUUUGUUUUUUAAAUUUGAUAUAAUUUCAGUUUGGUACUUAGUUGAAAUAUAAAAAGGUAUUUUUUUUUUGUGGAUUUCUAAAGUAAUCCAGUAUGAGAUAUAUUAGUUACUAUGGAAUUAAUAAAGAUUAAUGAAAUUUGGAAAUUAGCUUCCUUAAGCUUGAUACCUGAUUAUUUUUGGGAAAAAAAUAGAAUAUUUUUUGGGGAACUUAGUCAAUGCUUUUUGAUUUUAAUAAACACACAAUAAAAAAAGAUGCAUAUUCUUUCCUGCAAACAGAUACUGUUUAAAAUGAUCUGAUUAUGACAGGCUGAAAGUUCACCAUAUGAUGGAGGGCUUAUAAGAGAAAUAUCUUUCUAGGUUUUCUGAAUAUUUGUUUUAGAUUAAAGUACUUACUUAUUUGGGUAUCUUUGAAAAAUUGAUUUAAGCAAGAGUCACCUGAAAGGUAAUUUUAAAGCUUUGUGUAGUGAUCUGGGCUGUUUUGUUGUAAUAGUGACUUUGAAAGUAGGUGGUGUUAAUAUAGUUAGAUGCUUUGGCAAAUGUAUCUUUAUGGCAUAAACCAUUUGUGCUAUUUCAGAAGCUAUAAGGGAAAUAUAAUCUGUGUUUGUGGAGUGUGGAAAUAACAUUCAGCUAGGUGUGGUGGUGCGUUCUAUCAAUCCUAGCAUCUGAGAGAUGGAGGCAAGAGGAUUUGAGUGAGUUUGAGAUUGCCCAGGCUACAUAAUGAGUUCCUGGUCAAAAAAAAUAAAUGUACUUGGCAGUGUGUGCUGCACAUCUUUAGUCCUAGCAGACUGAUCAUGUCUCUGAGUUCGAGGCCAGCCUGGUCUACAGAGUGAGUUCUAGGCUACAUAGUGAGAGAAUUUUUUUAAAAAAUAUUUCAAUAGAGUUUCCCAAGCAAGGUGACCGUCUAGUGGCUAAUGCAAGUGGAGAUACAAAGUUUUCUCUGAGAAGAUAAAGGGCACUUUUUGUAUAGUGAUAACCCAAGUGGACAUUUUUUGGUUUGGUUUGUUUUCUCCCUGCAGAGAGAAAAUUGGCUUAGACAAAUCUCCAAGGUAAGAAAAUUAGCUAAAAGACAAGGAUGAGCAAGGGCAGAAACCAAGUGAGCAAGCUGUAAAAAUGGUGUCUUUACAGUUGUGUAGCUUGGUCUGUCUGUGGGGCCCCAGCAGUGGGAUCAGAACCUGUCCAUGGCUUAUGAGCUGGCUUUUUGGAACCUAUUCCCCCUUCAGAGAUGCCUCACCCAGCAAAGGGAGUGGGGUGGGGGGAGAGCUUGGUCCUGCUUCAGUGCAAUCUGACAUGCUUUGUAGACUCCCAUGGGAGACCUUCCCCUUUCUGAGUGGAGAAGGAGUGGUUGUGGGGGAUAGAUGGGAGGUGGGGGGAGGGAAAGGGAAGAGAGGAGGGAGGAGAAAAAAAAAAAUUUAAACGGUGUCUUUAGAAAUUUAAAACCUCAAAGCUGUGUUUUUCUUUUUUAGAAUUUGGGAAACAGGAAGUGUCCUGGUCUUUAGAAGAGAGGUGUAUUCAAUUCUAGUUUAUUCCCACAGAACAAGAGACCUGUAGGAAAGUCUUGUGAAGGAGUUGGGGAGACUAGGAUUCACUGGUCUGAAAUCUAUGACUUGAUUUGUCCCUAAAUGUUUUGUUUUGUUUCAUGUAUCCCAGGCUGGCCUCCAACUCACUACCUCCUGCCUCACUCUCAUGCUGGGAUUCCUGGUGUUCACCACUACACCCAGUUUAUGUGAUGAUGGGGAUUGAACCAGGCUUUUCUUUGUACUAGCCAGGCAUUCUGCUAACAGCUUCAUCAUCUCCAGUCUCCUAAGUAGUUUUGACAGAUUUUUCUUUUUCUUAAAGUUUGGAGCAGGAUCUUACUACAUAACCCAGGCUGGCCUUGGGCUCUUCUGUUUUGGUAUUAUAGGUAUGCACCAACACAUGUGGCUGGGAACAAAAUGUUAGUGAUGGUGAUUGUAACUUAGUACUAAGUGGAGCAAACAGGAACUUUGCUCUGAAGACAUUGUAGGUAGGCAACAUGGGACUGAUACUAAAAAUCAGCUUAGAUGAAUGUCUUAAUAGGUCUGAGUUUUACUCCAUUAAGAGAGGCUGUGCCCUUCUAAAGUUGGUUAUUGAAGGAAACAUAUUCAGACAUUGCAAAGGACCAGUUUUCCUCUAUACUGAAUAACUGAGCAGAAAUCAGAAAUUUACAGUAUACAUUUAAAGUUAGAUUUUCUCAUCUAAUUUGUAAAUGUUCUAUGGUUUGUGCUGAAUUGGUGGUACACUGACGUGUCUAGAAAAGUUAGUAGUGAAGGUUUUAGUUCAAGGAUUUAUGGUAAGUGAUCCUUUCCAAUAAGGAAUUGCCCAGAGACAGUGAAGGUCAUUUUCUUUCUUUCCUUUUUUAAAAUUUUUUGUUUCCUGUUUUUUUGAGAGAGUUUCUCUGUGUAACUACCCUGGCUGUCCUGGAACUCACUUUGUAGACCAGGUUGGCCUUAAACUCACAGAGAUCUGCCUGCCUCUGCUUCUCAAGUGCCAGGAUUAAAAGCAUGCACCACCACCACCUGACUGUGCAGGUCGUUUUCUAAGGAGGAACGAAUCAGUUUUUGCUUUGGGGCUGUGCUAAUACAGCUGUUGACACUAAUGUAAAUAUCCGGAAUUGAGAGCUACUGUUGGGCUGGUACCUUUCCAUUUCCUGCCAGGCCACAGUAAGCGGCCAAGCUGCCUUUACUAUUUCCACCUGGUUCGGACUUGAAAGGCUCUUACUGUGCUUCUACAGGUUAUGUACGAUUACUGUAUUCAGGCUUUCAUUCAGCCACAAUUGCAUUAAUUAGAAAGUCACAGGGAUAAAUUAUAGUUUUAGCAGAGUAUUUGGGUAUUUUUUCCAUGAUAAUAGAUUCCAUAGUCAAAAAGGGGCACCAUUUCAAUUUGUCUUUGUGAUGCUCCCCAGCUGGGAUUUCCCUCUUACUUCCCCUGUGUCUUUAGUUAAAAAUAACUUUGUCUUAUUAAAAUGAAUUAUAAUUUUAUACAUAUUUAAAUAGACAUGACCUAAAAUUUACCAUUUUGGGGGCUAUUUGCUUCUUAGAGGAUUUUGUUCUGUGGUCCAGGCUGGUUGGACAGGCAGUGUGGUUCUUCUGCCUCAGCUACUUGAGUAUUGGGAUCCUAGGCAUGUGCCACCAUACCAACUCUAAAGUUUUACCUUUUCCUAUUCGGUAGAUAGGGUCUCAUUGUGUAGCCUUGCUAUGUAGAGCAUGUGUGGCCCCUGCCUUCCGUCUUAAAACCAUUUUAGUCGUACAAUUAAAAAAAAGUGUGUAUGUGUGUGUGUAUGUAUGUAUGCAUGCCACAUGUACAAAUGCCUUCAGAGGGUAAAAGAGGGUGUUAGAACCCCUGGAGUAGGUCAUUGUGAGCCACCUGAUGUAGGUGCUAAGAAAGCCUUUGGGACUCUAAGCCAUCUCCUCAGCACCCAGUUGUACAGUUUUAAAAGUGGUUAAGUAUGUAUUGUGCGACCAUGACCACUGUCCAUCUGUAAUCUGGAUGUUUUUCUUUGCUUUUUUUUUUUUUUUUUUUUCUCAUUUUGGUUUUUUGAAACUAGGUCACUCAAGCCUAGGCUGGUUUCUAGCCCAGGACAAUCAUUGCCUCAAAUGCUGGAAUUUCAAGAGUGGCUUAUAAUCUUUUAAUUUUAAAUGUGCUCAGAGUUAGUACUAGGAAUGCUUGCUUCUAGUACUCCUUGCUACGUACCUGCAGUCCUACAUGGGGAGAUUCUCUAGCUAACCGUGCUAAUAUGCAUUAUACUUAAUGCUUUAGUAAAAGUUAGGUAAAUUAAUAUGACUACAUUCACCUACUAAGUAAUUUUUAAUUAAUUCAAAUUAUCUUCUUCAAAUAGUAACAACUGCUUGGAUAAUUUUUAUGAAUAAUGGAGCCAUUUAAAUGACUUUGAUAAUAAUGGAGGUUGGACAGCUGGGUCAGCAGAUGAAAGUGUAUACUGUACCCAGCACCCACAUCAGGCAGCUCACAGCAGCCUGAAACUCCAGUUCCAGGGUACUGGACACUGACUUCUGAUUUCUGGAGUAUCAGGAUUGUAGGCCUGCACUACUGUGCCCAGCUCUAGAGAUGUGAAGACAAAUUUGCAGUAGUUUCCUAGAAAUUUUGUAAAAAGCAGGAAUAUGAGUCAGGAAGGUAAGCAUUGGUUAAAUAGGUUUGAGACCAGUCUGCACUACAUCGAUCUGUCUUAGAAGAAAAAAGGAAAGAAAGACCUCAUAAUUUCUAUACAAGGAAAGCCAAGUCCUUCAUAGCUAAAGUAUAUGGGGCAUGUUCUCGUUCUCUCUCUGUUUCUCUGCCUUUGUGUGUGCAAGUUUGUUAGGUUUUUUGUUGUUUGAAACAAGGUCUCAUGUAGCCUAGGCUGGCUUCAAACUUGACAUUCUCUUGUCUCCGCCUUCUGUCUCCUGCGCCUGAGUGUUGUAAUUACAGGCAUGAGCUAGCACACUAGGCCUGGAGUGGCUUUUAUGGUUACACUUUUUUC